CGUGUACCAUGAACUUUUAUGCGUUUCCAGCGACUAAUUUGUAUAAAACUAUACAUAUUACAUAGCUCUAUACGUUUGAUUGUCAAAUUACAAAAUCCAUACAAAGUACGGCGCGGUUCACAUAAUACAGCUGCAGUUUUCUGGCUUCCCGAUCAGCUGUCUUUUUUCAUCAUAAGUAUAUGUUGGUGCAUCGCACGUUGUGACAUUAACUUUUUGUAAAAGCUUAAAAAGUUCAUCCAUACGUACUUACAUUCACACAUUUGUAACUAAACAAAACAAGGUACAUUAUUACGGGAAAUAAAACCAAAUCACACAACAGCUAUGCUAAGGAGACAAUUUAAAUUUGUAUGUAUGUGUUUUAGAAAUUCCCGAGAUGUCGGUCACCCAAGCAGCGUUCAAAGAUGGUCAAAAAUGGGAUUUAAAUGAAGAAGAGUCAGAUUUCGAGGAAUAUUAUGAUGCCUGCUCGGAUCAUUACGGCUUUGAUAGCUAUAAAACUGAUUUUAAAACAUCUAUAGAGCACGCCGAACUGGCGUUGCAAUAUUUUUUUAAUAACCAAUUCGAUGAAGCAAGAAAUAUUUUGCAACCAUUCGCCGAAACAAGCUUUUAUCACUCAUUGGGAUAUGCAGUAUUUUCUUUUCUUGAGGCUAUGCUUACUUUCGAAAAUAUCGAGGGUGCGUCGGCGAAAAUAAAAAAGUGUAUAGAGCUUUGCCAAUUAUUCAGGAAAAAGAAUACUCUAACGGAAUCCAUCACUAGUACAUUCAAGAAGAAAAACUAUUCCCAGCUAACAGAUCAGGAAUGCCAUGCUGAGCUGUGUUUGGCAGAGGCUUUAUUAAUGAACGCCCUCUUAACAUUCAUUGAGAAUGAUAAUCUGAGUGGACUGAUUCGUGGUAGCCUCAAAGUACGGCAAUGUUAUAGUGGUUUCAGAGCAUGUGAGCAAAUAAUGAAGUCUCGUGAAUGGAUCUUCGACGUGGUCAAGGACUCAGCAUCGGCUAGCACCCAUUUCGCCAGUGGAGUGUAUAUGGGGAUUGGAACGUUCAACCUUAUGAUAUCAAUAUUACCUGGACGUAUACUAAACAUUCUUAAAUUUAUUGGAUUUACGGGCAGCAAGACUACUGGCCUAGAUUAUCUAAAGAAGGGAAACCGAGAAAAAGGGUUGCGCCAGAUUCUUUGCGGAUUGUCCUUGCUUGGGUAUUAUCUUGUGGUAAUAGCUAUGCUAAGCGAUCGGCAGUCGGACUCCGAUGUACAGUUUUGCGAUGAAAUUCUAACAGCUCAGCUUGCCAAAUAUCCAAAGGGAGGAUGGAUACUUUUUCUUAAGGGACGACUUGAGCUAAUCAAAGGAAAUUUGUUUGCAGCAGAGUUAUGGUACUUAAAAUCAGUGCAUUCACAAAUCACGUGGCCACAACUUCACCAUUUAAGCUUUUGGGAGCUUUUUUGGUUGAAUAGUCUAAUGGGAAAUUGGGCAGAGGCAGAACUAUAUGCAACAUAUUUGCUGAAAAAUAGUAGUUGGUCACGAACCAUUUAUACAUAUAAUUUAGCCGCGGUCAAAUUGGCAUGCAUUCAACAGAGAAGGACCACUGCUUGUAACAUUACCGAUCCUGAUAUACAGGCUCUAAUGCUUGAAGUCCCCGCAUUUAGGCAGAGGAUUUCUGGGAAAUCGCUACCAAUGGAGAAGUUUAUGAUUAAGCGAGCAAUUCGUUUUGGCGCUCAAAACAGUGAUCUCGUUCUCCCGCUUAUCGAGCAAAUGUAUCUGUGGAACAUAUUUAAAUUGAUUAAAGCAAACUCACUUAUCGCCGACGAUAUUCUACAGACAAUUAAUAAAGAGUUAGUCCUGCUAAAGGACCCAAGUCAAACUUCACAAUUAUACUAUGCAGACAAUCGAGCCCUUUGUCUCUUGCUGCGUGGAGCUUUCUAUAGGCAAAUGGAGCAGCCGAAUCUAGCUCUUCAGGACUUGCACGAUUGCUUAACACAAAGAGGAAUUAAGGAGGACUUGUUUUUAUUACCAUAUGCUUAUGUUGAGUCCGCCCUUUGUUACGUACCUUUCAACAAAAAUCAAGCCAUAUCCAUGCUACAGGAUACCAAGAAAAAGUUUUCGCACUACGCGUUAGAGUCCCGGCUGCACCUCAGGAUACACAUGGCGCUAAUGGAUUUAAAUGAUAAUACCGACGGGGAAUUGUAAAUUCAGGAUUUUUUGGAUUUGUUUAGUUGUUUCUAGGUAUGCUUUCUGCAGAAAUCUGUUCUGCAUUGCGCAGAGCAAAGUAGGAAUAAAAGCUUGGUUAUAUUGUUCAGUAAUAUUUUUGUCAUUUUAUUGUGGGAAUUGAAAAUUCCAUAUACUCGUACAUGCGAAAUUUGUUCAUAUACAUGAUUGAAUUAUAAGUAUACAUAUUUAAUUUGUAUUAUGAUGGAAAUUAAUUAAUGGUAUUCUAACCAUAUAAUUAUUUUUGAUGUGUUGGUGUAGUGCUUAGUGUGCAUAGUCUGAUUAAUACUAUAACCUUUUCCUUAAGUUCUCAAAUUGAUCGUACUU